AACAUAUUCCAGUCAGUUGAUGUGAUCGAAAGAUCAGAUGUGGCUUGUUGUGACAGACGCAUUGAGUUCAGCUUCGUGUCUGUGAGGUGUAUUGUGGAAGUUUUCCCACGGUUGGAGUUCUCUGGGCUGCAGUACAGAACAAACAUGCUUCAUUUAGGGAGUAUUCAUGCAGUACCAAGUAUGGACCUGGCACUUGGGACUGAAAUGGCGUACAAGGGUGCCAGUUCCGACAACAAGACAGACUCUCUAGAGCUAGAGAAGUACUGGAAGGGUGCAAAGGAGGAGGAGGAACCCGAUUCUCCCGAACUGGAGAAGUACUGGAAGGUAGUGAAGGAGAAUCCACAAGACUUCACAGGCUGGACAUACCUGCUGCAAUAUGUGGAGCAUGAGAACAAGUUGAACCAGGCGAGGCGGGCGUUCGAUGCCUUCUUCAUGCGCUACCCCUACUGCUACGGCUACUGGAAGAAGUACGCUGAUGUGGAGAAGAAACACGGCAACAUAGAGCAAGCGCAGGAGGUCUAUGAACGAGGAUUGAAAGCAAUCCCACUCAGUGUUGACCUCUGGAUCCACUACAUAAACUUCGCCACCGAAGUCCAGACAACCGACGAAGUUGGCCAGGCGAACCUACGGAGUGUGUAUGAGAAGGCGGUGACAGCAGCUGGCACAGAGUUCCGCUCAGACCGCCUGUGGGACUUGUACCUGGCCUGGGAACUGGAGCAAGGGAACCUGAAGAACAUCACAGCCAUCUACAACCGCCUACUCAACAUUCCCACACAGAUGUACAGCCACCAUUUCGAAAAAUUUAAGGAUCACGUGAACACCAACCUGCCAAAGGACAUCCUCCCAUUGGACGAGUUUCUGCAGCUACGGACAGAUGUCCUGGCCAACACCCCGGGAAUCGAGCCAGAGAUCCCUGGAGCCGAGCCGGAUGACGGCCCUCCUGGUGUGGUGCCUCCUCCUGGUGUAACAGCUUCUGCAGAUAAGAUCUGCACCAAACCCAAGUCUGUUGUUCCACCUUUUGUAGACUGUAUGUCCCAGCCUGAUGCAGAAACUCUGGCCAUCAGGGAUAAGCUCAUCUCCACCAGGAGAGCCAUCUACAGCACCACGGAAGCUGAGGUCAGCAAGCGGUGGACCUACGAGGAAGGGAUCAAGAGGCCAUACUUCCAUGUGAAGCCACUGGAGAGGGUACAGCUGAAGAACUGGAAGGAGUACCUGGAUUUCGAGAUGGAACAGGGGAGCCACGAGCGCAUGGUGGUGCUGUUUGAGAGGUGCAUGAUCGCCUGCGCCCUGUAUGAAGACUUUUGGCUCAAGUAUGCCAAGUACCUGGAGAGUCACAGUGUGGAGGGUGCCAGGAACGUGUACCGCAGAGCCUGCACCAUCCACCUGCCCAGGAAGCCCAACAUCCACCUCAACUGGGCUGCCUUUGAGGAGCAGCAUGGUAACCUGGAUGCAGCGCGAGACAUCCUGAAGACCCUGGAGGAGGCCGUACCAGGCCUGGCCAUGGUGACUCUGCGCAGGGUCAGCCUGGAGAGGAGGACAGGAAACCUGGUCAACGCCGAGAGAAUAUUCCAGGAAGCAGUGGAAAAUGCCAAGGACACCAACACUGCCUCCUUCUUUUCUCUCAAACUGGCAAGGUUCCUGGCCAAGACAAAGGCUGACACUGAAGGUGCCAAAACUGUUCUGAAGGAGGCCAUAGAAAAGGACAAGGAAAAUGCCAAGCUGUACCUGCAGCUGUUGGACCUUGAGUUCCAGCAGGGCGUGCGUCCGGACGAGGACAGGGUCCUGCAGUGCUUUGACCUGGCCAUGGCCAGCCAGCUCGGCGCAGACGCCAAGCUCACCUUCUCACAGAGGAAGGUGGAGUUUCUGGAGGACUUUGGGUCCAAUGUGGAGAGAUUGAUGACUGUUUAUGAAGAACACCAGAAACUUGUGAAGACCCACAGUGGUGGAAAGAAAAGAUCACAGGAGGGAACAGGGGAUGAUUUGGUACCUGCGGAGAAGAAGCACAAGUUGGAGGAGAAUGGCACGAUGGCCAUGCCUCCUCCCAUGACAAUGCCACCCCCGGCACCCGCUCCUAACUCCAUGCCGCCACCGGACCCCAACACUGCCCCGCCUCCGUCAUACAACUACAACUGGUCCAGUGGAUACAACCAGCCCUCAGCUAACCAGUACAACUACGGGCAGUGGGGAUACGGCCAGCAGUACUAUCCACCAGCCUCUCAGUAAUGUUAGGAGGGCGUGCAUGCAUGUACAUACAACUUGGUGGUGACUCUGUUGUACAGGUGACUCCAUAGGAGCCGUUAAAGUAAUCUAAUGCCUUCAGGUAAAGGCUUAAGAUGGUGGGAACAGGAACAGACAAAUGCUUCUCAGUAUGUUAUAGGAUUGUGGCCUUUUAAUCUGAAAUGGUGAAAUUACAGCUAGAGCAAAGCUAUGGAACAAUUUGGUGAUUGUUUAGAGCCCUCGAGUUACGGAUCUAUCGCUGCCAAAUCCUGUUGCAGGAUGAACAGCAAACUGUUAGCUUUCAAAGCAAAGAUGAACUUAAAAUGGAUAGAUGUAGGAUUAUCCCAUGUUAGAUUGUCUUUUUCUAUACUACUUGUGAUGCCAUUUUUGUCGUUUUGAAACCAUUGUUUACAAACUGAUUCGCAUGGUUGGUUGUGUAGAUCAGACUGUAUCCUGUGUGCUAGAAAUUGUUGCAAUUACUGACUACCUGCACAUGUCGUGAUGUGUAAGUCUUAGAAUGAUAUAAUCCAACGUUAUCAAUGGUAAAGGGAGCAUAAUUGUACAUUGCAGGCAAAUGUAGAAAAUAGUAGCAGGGAGGUAUUUGUACAGACACUGAUUAGAUAAGUUGUUCACUUUGAGGGUCUUCUUGUAAUAAACUUUCUUAACAUGACAUGAAAA